GCCCCCGCCGGCCGGCAGCGCCCGAGCCGCGCCGGGCCCGCUGCGCCGGGACAUGGUGCCGAGCGCGCCGCCCGACGAGCCGCAGCCCUGCCGCAGGAUGGAGCUCUGCGUGAGCGCCGCCGAGCUAAAUGGCCUUAAAAUGGCAGAUGAGCCCAUGGAGGAAGGUGAACCAUAUUCCUACCACGAUGAAGGAAGCGUGAAAGAAAUUCCUAUCACACACCACGUGAAAGAAGGAUGUGAGAAAGCAGACCCAGCACAGUUUGAACUCCUUAAAGUUCUUGGACAGGGAUCAUUUGGAAAGGUCUUCCUUGUGAGGAAGAUAAUUGGUCCUGAUGCUGGGCAGCUUUAUGCAAUGAAAGUAUUGAAAAAAGCUUCUUUAAAAGUUCGGGAUCGAGUUCGUACAAAAAUGGAGAGGGAUAUUUUAGUAGAAGUAAAUCAUCCCUUCAUCGUCAAGCUGCACUAUGCCUUUCAGACUGAAGGGAAGCUCUAUUUAAUAUUGGAUUUUCUCAGGGGAGGAGAUGUAUUCACACGAUUAUCCAAAGAGGUUAUGUUUACAGAGGAAGAUGUGAAAUUCUACCUCGCAGAACUGGCCCUUGCUUUGGAUCACCUUCACAGCUUGGGAAUUGUGUACAGGGACCUGAAGCCAGAAAACAUUUUGCUUGAUGAAGCAGGACAUAUCAAGUUAACAGACUUUGGACUCAGCAAAGAAUCAGUAGAUCAAGAGAAGAAGGCCUAUUCUUUCUGUGGUACUGUAGAGUACAUGGCACCUGAAGUGGUAAACAGGAGAGGGCACAACCAGAGUGCUGACUGGUGGUCCUUUGGGGUCCUCAUGUUCGAGAUGCUCACGGGUACCCUGCCGUUCCAAGGUAAAGAUCGAAACGAAACCAUGAAUAUGAUACUGAAAGCAAAGCUGGGAAUGCCUCAGUUCCUCAGCCCUGAAGCACAGAGUCUCCUGAGGAUGUUGUUUAAAAGGAACCCCUCAAAUAGAUUAGGAGCUGGUUCAGAUGGAGUUGAAGAAAUCAAGAGACAUCCUUUUUUUUCUACUGUUGACUGGAAUAAACUGUUCAGAAGAGAAAUCCAACCUCCAUUUAAACCUGCUUCUGGAAAGCCAGAAGACACCUUUUGUUUUGAUCCAGAAUUCACAGCAAAAACACCAAAAGAUUCUCCAGGAGUCCCACCGAGUGCAAAUGCCCAUCAGCUCUUCAAAGGAUUUAGUUUUGUUGCAACUACUACUGUAGAAGACCAUAAAAUAUCCCCUCUCACCAACAUUCUGCCCAUAGUACAGCAGCUUCAUGGGAACAGUGCCCAGUUCACUGAUGUCUAUGAACUGAAGGAAGAUAUUGGUGUUGGUUCCUACUCUGUUUGCAAGAGAUGUAUACACAUAGCCACAAACAUGGAGUUUGCUGUGAAGAUAAUUGAUAAAAGCAAGAGGGAUCCCUCAGAAGAAAUCGAGAUUCUCAUGCGUUACGGACAACAUCCAAAUAUUAUCACUCUGAAGGAUGUGUAUGAUGAUGGCAGGUUCAUCUACCUGGUGACUGAGCUGAUGAAGGGGGGGGAGCUGCUGGACCGGAUCCUGAGGCAGAAGUUCUUCUCGGAGCGUGAGGCCAGCGCCGUGCUGUUCACCAUCGCCAAGACCGUGGACUACCUGCACUGCCAGGGGGUGGUGCAUCGAGACCUCAAACCCAGUAAUAUUUUAUAUACAGAUGACUCCAAUAAUGCUGAUUCCAUCAGGAUUUGUGAUUUUGGAUUUGCAAAACAGCUUCGAGGAGAAAAUGGACUCCUUCUAACCCCGUGCUACACUGCAAACUUUGUGGCACCAGAGGUGCUCAUGAGACAGGGCUAUGAUGCUGCUUGUGACAUAUGGAGCUUGGGUGUUCUUCUUUACACCAUGUUGGCAGGCUACACUCCCUUUGCCAAUGGUCCCAAUGAUACUCCUGAGGAGAUCCUGGUACGGAUAGGCAGUGGAAAAUUCUCCCUAAGUGGAGGCAACUGGGACACUGUUUCAGAUGCAGCAAAGGACUUGCUCUCCCACAUGCUGCACGUGGAUCCCCACCAGAGGUACACGGCAGAGCAGGUGCUGAAGCAUUCCUGGAUUGCCUGCAGGGACCAGCUGCCACAUUAUCAGCUCAACAGGCAAGAUGCCCCACAUCUAGUAAAGGGAGCCAUGGCUGCUACAUAUUCUGCACUGAACCACAAGACAUUUCAGCCAGUGUUAGAGCCUGUUGCAGCCUCCAGUUUAGCUCAGCGACGGAGCAUGAAAAAGCUCACAUCCACAGACUUAUAGAUCCACUGGCACACCUGAGCACACAGAAGCAAGGGGGAAACUCAACAAGGGGCUCUGUUUCGCCUGACCUGUGAUCAAAAAGGCAUCUAUGGUUUCCUGCUACACUACUUGAAUUCUGUAAAAGUCCUUUUUUUUAAAAAGAAAAAAGAAAAAAAAAAAUCCACAGGUUCAUACUGUGUUUGUUUUACAGGCUGUAUCUGUAAAAUUAAUUUAAACAUCAGGUACACCAUGAUGAACUUCUCUACACUGUCCUUUGAGAUCUGUUGCAAAUAUUCUUUCACAUUCUGUAUAGUUUUGCUGGGUUCAGUUAAAAAAAGAAGUGGUUUAGGGGACCGUUGCCAAUGACCAAGUUGUACAUAAAGUGUCAGUGGGAGUUUUCUUUUCCUCACACCUUUUAGACCCUGUUGUGAAGGACAAAUUAAUUUUGUAAUUGGGCACUUAAUUCAUUCAACUUGAUUCAUUUCACUUGUCCAGGACUCUUAUGCAAAGUUGGCUCAUGUCUUGUGCCAGUGUUCAGUUCAUUAGUGUGGGUUUGGGAGGUCUGUGUUUGCAUGGUGCCAGUAACUGAUAAAUUUAUGUGAAAAUACAAAGGGAUGUGGAAAAUUCUGCACUUUACCCAUCAACUUAAUUUGAUCACUUGUGACCCAAAAAGAAGUGCUGAUUGUGGCCUCUUAACAGGAAAAUGAACAUUUCUAGUUGUUGCCACAAAUUGUGUUCUGCACUGAGCUGGAAGAAGUUAAAAUGUGCAUAAACUGUCAAAAAUAAGGAUCUCAAAAUCAUUGGUACCACUUUGAGACAACACCAUGCAGCUCAAUCUUUGUUACUUCUAUCUGCCAUCCAUUAGUACAACUACUGAGUUACAUCCCUCAGCAGUCUUUCCACUGAAUAUCAAGGUUUUUGGCAUAUGACACAAACUGACACUUUAUUAUAACAGACUUGGCACGUGGAUUUUUAUUUAUUUGAUUUUAUUUUUGUUUGUUUUAAAAUAGAACGUUGUUGCUUCUCUCUGAACCUCUCGCUGCAUGUACAAAUAUUACAGAACAGAAAUGCAAAAUUCUCUUUGCCUAACUGUAGGGGUAGCUUGGGGAAAUUAUUAAGCCUUGCAGUGUGCCCAGAUAAGGGAAUUCUGACCAAGGAAUGUCACAGUUAUGGAUGAAUUCCUGUGGCCAGCACUCCCUUGCCCUCUCUGUCUGGUGUUAGGACUUGAGCUGUUCCUAAAUGCUGUGAUGAAGAGGAAAGAAAUUGCAGGGCCAGAAUUAUCUUGGGGGUUUCUGCUUCAAAACCUUUGCUAACUGCUGGUAGACUGGGAACUAAAGCAUUCAGAGAUAAAAGUGUUCUCCAAAGUUGUAGACACUGAACAGUUAUAAUUUCAUAGCAGGAUGACACACAUUUUAAAUAUUAAUUAAAUUAGUGACAUCAGACUGUGAAGAGGUAGAAAAUCCAAGUGACCAAAAAUCAAAUCUGAUUUGUCAUCAUUGAAUUUCCACUUACAGGACCCCAGUGAUGGCAGAACUGGGGCGUUUUGAGACAGAGGAAAAUAAAACCUUCCAGGAGAAUUCUGGCCCAGCCACCAGGAGUGGUGAUGGGAACUCCCAUCUUACAGGAGGGUGUUGGCUGGGUUUUGUCUGUACCUGUGAAGCACUUGGGGGUGUUGGAAGUUCUGUUAGAUAAGCUGCUUUCUUCUGUUGUGAUGGGGGAAGAUGGGAAUUACCUGUUCAGAUAUUUAGGUCUGAAUAUACCUAGAUUUGAGACUUCCUGAGGAUAGCAAACAUAGGUGUGCUCUUUGUAUCCUGCAGAACGUGCCCCAUGUGGAAUUUCUGGAGUGCUGGAAGCUUUAGGGGCCAUUUGUGCCUAGUUUUGAGGUGCCUGUUUGAAAUGCUUGAAGCUUCUCAAAGAGCUCAACUGCUUCCUCAAAAAGCUUUUUGUUUAGGACAAAAUCUGCUUUUGCAGCUGGUUCAUCUUCCUUUUCCCUACCCUGGAGACCUUUGCCAGCAAGAAUGCCUGUAAAAACCUCUUGUCCACACUCUGUCAUGGUAAUUCUGAUGUAAAUUCAGGGCUGACUGCCAGAAGAAUUUGAAUUCACUCAAAAAAAAAAAAAAAAAAAAAAAAGCAAAAUGGUGGAAAUGAAGCUCCCUGAGCCAAGGUCAAGGUGUGAUGUGGGUUGAAAUGCAGUGGUAAAAGCUGUGGUGGGGAUGAGAGGUAAAUGCAAGGCGUGGAACACAAUGGAAAUGUCAAACUUGAACUGUCUUCAAUUGCCUUUCCUGUAAGGCAGCAGCUGGUCUUUAAUGGCUUUACCCAUGAAUCAUUUAACAGUGUUUCUAUUGGUAUUUUCUUUUAGCUUGUAGAAGCACCACAUUAUAAGCACCUUAAAAGCAUUUUGCACAAGAGCAGUUGGAAGCAGCUGAAGGUACUGGAGUUGUUCUUGGUGUGCAGCACAAAGGUGGUGAGAGGAAAAGUACACAGACAAGGCAGAGAACACAAACAGGGUGGAUGUUCUGAUUCUUGGCAGAGUUAAAACAGCUCUAAAGUUAUCCCUGCUGGUUUCAUAUCACUCCUGGCCUUUGGUAAAGGUGAUGCUCCUGGGGUAAAAGCGAAGUGUCAGUGACUGCAACAUUACAGAGUUGUCUUAUCAUGAGGAGAAGGUGUGGAUAUGUUAUAUCUGACAGGCCAGUGUACCCUGGUAUGCCAAUUGUAAUCCUUAAUUUAGGGGGGAAGUUCCCUUGCUAUGACUGUUUCAGCAUAUCACUCCUUGAAACAUUUUGGACGUGCAGGAAUACAGAAGAGUUCAUGUGCAGUUUGCUCUUUCUGUGUCUAACAAUCAUCUUUGAGAUGCUCCUUUUGGAAUUUCUUCCAUAUUUCUCAUCCCUCCUUUUCCCAGCUUAGGUUUUGUGAUACAAAAGUAGCAUGAUCUGCUCAUGGACUGUCAAUUAAAUGUUUGAAAUAGAAGAAAAGGUAACUGGAACAGAGGUCAGUGCACAGUGUUUAACUUUCAUAUCAUCUGGGCACAGCUGAAGUUCACAAAUUGCUUUAUGAGUUGGGGGAAAAAGUAAGUUUUUACAAAGACUGGUAAUUACACAGAAAUAGGCAUUCAGCCUAGAGGAGUUCCCCCAGGACUAAAACUUAAAUGAUACAAUAGUUUGGCAGUGGCUUCUGUUCCUGCCAGAAAAGCUCCUGCUCUGAUGUUUGGCGAUAAUUAUCAAUAAGCUCCAACUCUCUGGUACACAGAGGGCAGAUCUCACUGACAUCAGCUGGAGCUGGAGCAGGCUCAGGACAUGCUUUGCUGGUCUUUCACCCCUUGGAUAUCACUGAUUUCCAUCUUCAGUUACCCUUUUCAGAAAAAGUGAGGGACUCUGUUGUAUUCCUGUUACAUAUCCACAAACUCUGCAGUGGCAUCAGUGUGAGCCAGUGGUGGGUGACACAGAGUGCCCACACCCAGAGCUUGGCCUGGGUGGGUUCAGUCAGUCUGUGACUUCUGUAGUCUCAGUGUUGUGUGGUUUUGGUUCUUUUCCCUAUUUUCCUCAAAACCAGUAAACUCUUGACCACAGCAAGAGCCUGAGGUGCAGGUGCUGUGCUGUUCACUGUAGUGUGGUUUAAACAUCCCUGCAUCCAGAGGGGGAAUCCAAAACCUCGCCCAAGUCAGUCCCAUUGAGCUGGAAUUCUGUCUUCCCUGUUUCAGUUCGUUUUUCAAAGCUGAUUUGUGUUUGUCCAAUGUUUAAAUGACCUCGAGCAAACUUCAGCAGUUGCAAGUUCCUUGUUACAGGCUGCUCUGUGGAAUUGAGUUCAGUGAAUUAACAAGGCUAUAAUAAUUCUCCUGAUUUGUAUCAGUGAAAUUAGGCUAAAACAUCAGUGCAAACGUGGGGGUUUAUGUACUUCUGUAGCACUUAAGUUUUUCAGUCCUAUCCAGAAUUAAAAGUUUGCAAAUAUUUGUGGGAGGGGAAGAGAGGAGCAAAUUUUUCUUUCUUGUGAGUUUUCAGAAGGCUCCUGAAGCUGUGAUGAUAACAGAGCCCUUAUAUAAUCCUGUAAGGUUAAAAACCAUACAGUUCUCCUUGGAAGUUCAUUCAGAAACCACGUGGGGUGUGUGCUGAUACCUGUUGGUAACACACCUCCUCAUUCACACUGUACCAUCCAUCUGCAUUAACAUCCUCUAGUCCAGCACAUUCUGAGUACUGGUUGUCUCUGCUUCAGUGUAGUUCUUAAAUGUUUGCUCCCCCAAUUUAUGUUGUGCCUUUGGGAAUAGAAGAAAAUACAAAUUUGGGAAAACCCCGCCCUGAGUGUGUAGCUAAAGCUGACUUGAGUAUUUAUAACAAUUCAUACAAUUAGAAGCCCCCAUAAAAUCAUCAGCAACUGGUUUUCUCGAGCUUUUUCCUGUGUAAUGAAAGCAAACUCUCUCUGAAAGCUUUAGAAGAUACUUGAUUGAUUAUAUCUCAAUAUUUGGGCAACAGCUCAUUACCAAUAGCGAGUCUGAAUAACCCUGAAUCCUCUCCUGGGGUGUUUCUGGGACAGCUGUAGGUGCUGGGGCUGGCUCUCCUUUGCAGGCCCAGGGGUUCAGGUGUGGGUGUUCUGCAGUGGGGCAGUGUUGUUGAUGAACUGCAUUGUCAUCCUGUCCCAGGCACUUUGGCACCUUGCACUGAGCCUCUGGGCAGAGCUGGCCCUGCCCUGGCACGGGAGCGGUGACAGAUCCGGAUCCGAAAGGGCAUUACCUGCAAGCAGUGCAAUGAAUUCCGUGCUCUCUGAGGUACUUCAAAGAUGGAACUAUCCAAAAGGUCCCCAUUCUCAGAUAUUGUAACUGUCAUUUCUUUCUCUUAAAGCAUAUUGUGGAUUUUGUAUCAUACUGUAUUUAUUUCAUUUAAUUUUAAAAGAAAUGUUUUCUUUAAAGCUCUGUAUAUAUUGACAUUAAAGUUUGCAUUGUACUACG